AUGUGUAGCGCUGUGGGUGACCUGGUGGGUGGCCCUCUGGGUGACCUGGUGGGUGACCCAGCGUGUGGCACCGUGGGUGACCCGGAGCGUGAGCUGGUGGGUGACUUGGUAGGUGGCCCCCUGGGUGACCCAGUGCGUGACCCAGUGGGUAACCUGCUGGGUGGCCCUGUGGGUGACCCAGUGUGUGGCCACGGAGGUGACCUGGUGGGUGGCCCAGCGCGUAGUGCUGUGGGUGACCUGGAGUGUGACCCGGUGGGUGACCUGGUCGGUGACCCAGUGAGUGACCCAGAGUGGGACCCAGCCUGUAGUGCCGUGGGCGACCCUCUGCCUGACCCUCUGGCCGCCCCUGUGCGCGCCCCCACGCGAGCCCCGCAGCCCGGCCGCCCCUGGGGGCGCCCCGUGCCCCCCCCCGCGCCUCCCCUGCUCCCGGCGGGGCCGCCCCGGGCUCUCCCCCCGGUGCCGGCGUUUCGCUGCGGGCCAGCAGAUGGCGGCGCCGCCCCGGCCGGGCGCUCAGCCCCGCUCCGGCUCCGGCUCCGACCCUCCCCAGCCCCCGCCCUCCGCGGCGGUGUCUCCCUCGCCGCCACCUCCCCGCCUGUCACUGCCACUCCGGAGAGCCACCAUGGCGCACGGCGGGCCACGCGUCCCUGCGGCCCCCCCGCUCCCGCGGCGCCCGGCCGGGGGGCGCGGAGCACGGCCGGGGAGGCGGCGGGGGGCGGCCGCGCCGGGAGAGCAUCCCCCGCGGCUGGGGGCCGGGAGCGGGUGGCCCUGCUCAGCACCUCCUUCGUGCUCAAGGGGGACGCGGCUCACAACCAGGCGAUGGUGCACUGGACGGGAGAGAACAGCAGCGUGAUCCUGAUUCUUACCAAGUAUUACCAUACUGACAUGGGAAAAGUGCUGGAGAGCUCUUUGUGGAGGUCCUCAGAUUUUGGGACGUUAUACACAAAGUUGAAUCUGCAGCCUGGGAUUGCCACUGUUAUUGACAAUUUCUACAUUUGUCCCACCAACAAAAAGAAGAUCAUUCUUGUAAGCUCUUCGCAUAAUGACCGUGACCAAAGCCUUUUCAUAAGCACAGAUGAAGGAGCUACUUUCCAGAAACAACCUAUUACUUUUUUUGUGGAAACUCUCCUUUUUCACCCAAAAGAAGAAGACAAAGUGCUUGCUUACACAAAGGAAGGCAAGGUUUACGCAUCUAUUGACUUGGGGAAAAAAUGGACUCUUCUGCAGGAGCGAGUUUCAAAAGAUCAUAUAUUUUGGGCCGUUGCUGGAGUUGAUGGAGACCCUGAUUUAGUUCAUAUGGAAAUCCAGGACCCCAGUGGAGGUUAUCGCUACAUCACUUGCCAGAUGCAAAAUUGCUCUGAUAAGACAAUGACAGUCCAGUUUGCUGGUAGCACUGAUCGGGAUUCCCUGACUGUGCAGGAUGACUACAUAUUUCUUCAGACAACAUCAGCAAAUCGGACAAAGUAUUACGUAUCUUACCGUCGAAAUGGCUUUGUACAGAUGAAGUUGCCAAAAUAUGCAUUGCCAAAAGAUUUACAGAUAAUCAGCACAGAUGAAAACCAGGUAUUUGUGGCUGUUCAGGAAUGGUACCAGACAGACACAUACAACCUGUACCAGUCUGACCCACAAGGUGUUUACUACUCCAUCCUGCUGGAGAAUGUCCGGAGCACAAAGCAACCGGAAGAGAAUGUCCUGAUAGAUAUUCUGGAGGUCAGAGGUGUAAAAGGAGUCUUUCUGGCUAACCAGAAGAUUGAUGGGAAAGUUACAACUCUAAUAACCUACAACAAAGGCCGUGACUGGGAUUUUCUAAACCCUCCAGACAUUGAUAUGAAUGGCAAACCGACAAACUGCAAACCUCCUGAUUGCUACCUUCACCUCCAUCUCCGCUGGGCAGACAAUCCGUAUGUGUCAGGAACAGUCCAUACAAAGGAUACUGCACCAGGGCUCAUCAUGGGGGCAGGUAACCUGGGGUCACAGCUGGUUGAGUAUAAAGAAGAAAUGUACAUCACAUCUGACUGUGGGAACACGUGGCGUCAGGUCUUUGAAGAAGAGCAUCACAUCUUGUACCUGGACCAUGGCGGAGUUAUCGUGGCUAUCAAAGACACCUCCAUCCCACUGAAAAUACUGAAGUUCAGCAUAGACGAAGGCCAGACUUGGAGUACACAUAAUUUUACCAGCACUUCAGUCUUCGUAGAUGGAUUACUAAGUGAACCUGGAGAUGAGACACUGGUCAUGACAGUCUUCGGACACAUUAGUUACCGUUCAGACUGGGAACUUGUGAAGGUGGACUUCAGGCCAUCCUUCCCCAGGGAGUGUACUGAUGAUGACUAUGAAUCCUGGGAUCUCACAAAUCUACAGGGUGAUCAAUGCAUCAUGGGUCAGCAGAGGAGCUUUCGGAAGAGGAAGAUUUCAUCAUGGUGCAUUAAAGGGAGAAGUUUCACAUCAGCUCUCACAUCCAAAGUCUGUGAAUGCAUGAGCUCUGAUUUCUUAUGUGAUUAUGGGUUUGAGCGCUCUGCACCUCUAAAGUCACAGUCUAGCAAGUGUUUCGCUGACUUUUGGUUUAACCCAGAAGCACCUCCGGAAGACUGUGUGUUGGGGCAGGCAUACACCAGCAGCACUGGGUACAGGAAAGUUGUUUCUAAUGUGUGUGAAGGUGGCGUAGACCUGCAGCAGAACUUAGCACAGCAUAUGUGUCCACUGAUUGCUCCCAAGGGACUUCAGAUCAGCAUCAGAGGAGAAAGCCUGGCUGUUAAGCCUGGGGAAGACAUCACCUUCAUUGUCAGACAAGAGCAGGGUGACAUAUUGAAUACCAAGUACCAGGUAGAUCUUGGUGAUGGCUUUAAGGCAAUAUAUGUGAACCUUACAAUGACUGGAGAACCCAUUCGUCACCGCUAUGAGAAUCCUGGGAUUUACUGUGUCUCGGUGAAGGCUGAAAAUGUUGCUGGGCGCGAUGAGGCUGUGGUGUUCAUCCAAGUUAACUCUCCACUGCAGGCUUUAAAUUUAGAAGUGGUUCCAGUCAUUGGCAGAAACCAGGAGGUGAAUCUGACAGCCAUCAUAUUGCCCAAGAAUCCUAAUUUGACAGUCUUCUACUGGUGGAUAGGAAACAAUCUUCAGCCACUUCUUACAUUGGACAAUUUUCUGGUAACGAAGUUUGCUGUGACAGGUGACAUCAGAGUGACAGUGCAAGCUUCCUGUGGGAACUCCAUGCUUCAGGAUUCAAAAGUUGUCCAUGUUUUUGAUCAUUUUCAUGUUCUUCCUCUGAAGUUUACUAAGCACCUGGACAUGUACAACCCCGACAUACCAGAGUGGAGGGAAGACAUAGGACGGGUAGUAACACGACUUCUUGCAAAGGAAACCAAUAUACCCGAAGAAACACUUAUGACAGUUGUGAAACCUGGUCUGCCCACAACUGCUGACUUGCAUGUGCUGCUACCAGCAAACCAGCCUAAAAGGAAGAGAAGUGUAACUAGUGAUAAGAGAAUAGCAACUAUAAAGCAGGCCUUGAAUGCACACAACAUCAGUUUCUUUCUGAGGGGAGGAUAUUGGGUCUUGGUGACCUUAGCGGACUCCGAUUCAGACUCUCAGAGGAUUGGAGGAGGCAGUGGCUACUGGGCUAUUGUGGUUCUCUUUGUUAUCUGUCUAGUUGCAGUUGGGGCUUUCAUCCUCUACAAGUUCAAAAGGAAACUGCCAGGCAGGAAUGUCUAUGCCCAGAUGCACAACGAAAAAGAACAGGAGAUGACAAGCCCUGUCAAUCAUAGUGAGGACACCCAGAACAUCAUCCAGGGUGAGGAGUUUAUUGAUGAUGAUCUGGACUCUCAAACACUAGUGACUCCUUCUGGGAGAAGUGGCAACUUGAACAGCUACAGAGUUCCCCUAUUGCUGAUGCCGGUCAGUGUCCAGUCCCAGGCAAUCACUCAGGCGUGGUUUUGAGCAUCAACUCCAGAGAGAUGCACAGUUACCUGGUUAGCUGAUAUUUACAGCUGAACACAAAAACCGAAAGACUCUUCUCUGUAUUGUUUUAUUUUUCCCUGGUGAUGUCACAAAAUUGCGAAUAUGGCUGUAAAUGCUGGUGGAGAGAAGGUUCCCUAACAGUCCCGUGGAAAAAAGGCGUCCAUCAUCAGUUACCAGGGGAGAAGGAUAAUACGUCUUGCGUUCACUCUAUGGCCUGGGAACUCGUUACAAUUCAAAUUCAAACUAUGGUAGCAAAUUUGUAGCCCUAGGCACAUUCAAUGCCACCUUCCUUUUUUCUUUUCCUGUAUAUGUUCUAGUUCUCUAUGUUUAUUUUUAGGAUGAUUGACUGUAACUUUUUAACUAUGUUUUUAACUGAGGUAUGUAUUCAGUGGAAGGCUGGGACUCUUCAGCCUGAAAAGGUGAUUUCUAAACAAGUGACUAGACCAGAACAGAUGGUUUUCACGAUGACAUUGUGUCAGAAGGCCAUAACUCAGCAGUGGUUCUGUACUGGGAGAGGACUGAGCAAGGAGUCCUAUGUACUCCUAGGCCAUACAAGCUCUUAACUUAAAAAUGUGUGAGACAAUCUAAUGAAUUUAUGCUUACGCCCUUCUGUGGAUUACAGGAAGUAAAGUGUUAAUUAGGAUAUCUCGUAAUUAUAGGAUAAUUCUCCUUUAAGUAUAGCAAGUCCUGACAAACCAUCAGCAUAAGUAUGUCCCCCGAUCCCACCGUGUGAAAGAGAAACACCAGCGUGAAGCUUUUUCCAGACCAGGUGCCUUCACUUGCAGACAGUCAUUUCAUUUGCUCUCCUCUUGUCUUCUGAGCGAGCACCUCUAGGACGAU